AUAUGUUGGAUGCUACCUAGUAGUUCUUAACCAAUUUCCUUCAAGUUCUCAUUUGACUGACUCCCUGCUACCCCAGAAACUACGACAAAGGUGCAGACAUGGACAUUGGCGGUUUGGAGACGGUGGUGGCAAACUGUGCCUACAUUUCAGCCCGUGACAACACGGAUGGAGCUGCAGCAGCUGCCAUGCGUGACAAGAAGAUGCGUGCCAGGUUGAAACUCCCACACAUCAGAGAGUGUGAACACAUGAAGGCAGCUCUAGACACAGCCUUUGACAGCAUAUGUGUCAAACAACCCAUUGGCAAGCGUCUGUUCCAACAGUUUCUGGAGAGCAACACAACCCAUAAAAACGCUGUAGAGCUGUGGAAAGACAUUGAAGAAUAUACCAUAUGCCAAGAGAUGGAUCGAGUGCAGAAGGCCCAAAAAAUAGCCAAUAAAUACUAUGAGUCAGCUUCAAAGCAUUUUUGCAACUUCCUGGAGGAAAAGGCUAUUACUCGAGUUAAGGAAGACUUCAAAAAUGUCUGUGGUGAUCUAUUUAAAGAGAGUGAGCAGCAGCUGCUCAAACACCUGGAAAAAAAGGCCCUCGAUGGCUACAGGACGAGUAUGUACUUCCUGCGUUUUGUUCAGUUCAAAUGGUUGGAGAGCCAGCCUUUCGAUGAGGAGUGGUUCAUGGACUUCAGGGUCCUGGGUAAAGGGGGUUUUGGGGAAGUGUAUGCUUGCCAGGCUAAGGCUACAGGCAAAAUGUAUGCAAACAAGAAGCUGGACAAGAAAAGGCUGAAGAAGCGCAAAGGCUAUGAGGGAGCAAUUGUGGAGAAACGAAUCCUUGCAAAAGUUCAUAGUCGCUUCAUUGUGAUGCUGGCGUAUGCCUUCCAGACCAAGACUGACCUCUGUCUAAUUAUGACCAUCAUGAACGGUGGAGACCUCAGGUUUCAUAUGUAUGAUGUGGAUGAAAAAAGUCCAGGUUUUGAUGAGAAGAGAGCAUGUUUCUAUACAGCUCAGGUCAUCUGUGGCCUGGAGCACCUUCAUCAGCACAGGAUCAUCUACAGGGACCUGAAACCAGAGAACGUACUGCUGGAUGAUGCAGGACAUGUCCGCCUGUCAGAUAUGGGUCUGGCUGUUGAACUUCCACAGGGACAAGACACAACUACCGGGUGUGCAGGAACUCCAGGUUUCAUGGCACCAGAGCUGCUCCAGAAGAAGGAUUACAACUACACAGUGGACUACUUUACCCUGGGAGUCACCCUGUAUGAGAUGAUUGCCGCCAAAGGGCCCUUUGUAAAACGAGGAGAGAAGGUUGAGAAUGAUGAGGUAACUUUCAGAAUCCUGAACAAUACAGUUUCAUACACACCUAACUUUAGCAAAGAGUGCAAAAAUCUCUGUGAAGGCCUAAUGGAAAAGGACCCAACGAAACGUCUCGGGUUCAAAAAUAACUACUGCUCUGAGCUCAAGAAUCAGCCAUUCUUCAAGGAUAUUAACUGGGGCUGUCUGGAAGCAGGAACAUUUCCUCCACCAUUUGUCCCUGAUCCUAAGAUGGUCUAUGCCAAAGAUAUUGAAGAUGUGGGUGCCUUCAGCACCAUCAGAGGUGUGGUCCUGGAUAACAAGGAUGCUGAGUUCUACAGUGACUUUGCCUCUGGCAAUGUCCCAAUCCCUUGGCAGGAGGAGAUGAUCGAGACAGGUGUGUUUGGAGAGCUGAAUAUAUGGGGAGAGAACAGCAAGCUUCCCAAUGACCUUGACCCAAACUAUGUAGAAGCCAGAGGUGGAGCGUGUGUGCUGCUUUGAGUUAGAGCAACAGAAGGAAAGAGAGCAGAAGAAGACAGCUAUUCAAAUUCAACACAUUUAGAUCUGGUAUGUGCUC